AUGGCGGACACGAUGCUGUUGAGACACGAUGCUACGGCUGCACGUUACGAUGACGACGUGCCCAACGCUGAACCGUGCUUUGCAAUCCCAGAGACCGAGGGAGAGAACACCGAGGGAAAGCUUGGGCUUGUCGGCUAUCGGAGUUUUGGGCGCAGCAGCUCAGCUGGUGCAGCGUUAAACGACACAGGGACAGGAGGUCGAAUGCAACAAAACAAGGUUUUUGGUGGACUGUAUGACGUCCUUGUCACAGCGGAGUGA